ACGACUAAUUUGCAAAUUGAUUUCCACCUCUUUAAUUGUCCUCUCCCACAAGACUCGUUCUGAUCAUCCUUCUCUCUCUCUCUCUCUGCAUUCUUCUUCCUUUCAUCCAUUGAAAUUAGAAAGACCUAAAAUCUCAUAUUCAUGAAUUCUCAAGAAAAAGGUCGGCCAUUGCCGAAAUUCGGGGAGUGGGAUGUAAAUAAUCCGGCCUCGGCAGAUGGAUUCACUGUCAUAUUUGCUAAGGCUAGAGAUGACAAAAAAGCUAGUGGCAGUGCAGCACCAACACAAGCGCCCAGGAAUGACUAUGCAUAUGGACAACCUAACCCUUAUCAGCAAGAACCCAGGAAAAAAAGGUUUUGCUGUUUCUGAAACCAUAAUGUUUCGGUGGCUGUGAAUCGUGAGACUUAAGGCCAUCGUCAUAAUAUUGCAGUUCAAGUCUGCCAAGUGUAGUUUACAAAGGUGGGAGAAUGGGUGCUGCAGCCUCUGUUUGUAUUUUCCUGUAUUGGUUAUUUUGCAUAUAAGGUUUUCUUAAAGUCUCUCUCAAUAGUACUCUACUCCCCAAUAUGUAUUAUUCAGGGGAAUCGCCGACCAACUUUAACAAACACGCUAAUGUAUUAUGCUCGACAAUCAUAGUUGAUUAGUCUGUCAAUUUAUAUCACUUCUCUUGUAGAACAUGGUACUAGAUUGAAUGAUAUAUCUGUUAUGUUGUCCUCA